AUGGAUGCAACCAGUUUUAGAUAUUUAAUUAGCUUGGCAGUCUCUAAAAAUUUAGAGAUGCGUCUUAUGGAUGUUGUUACAGCUUGCUUGUAUGGAUCACUUGAUAAUGAUAUCUAUAUGAAAAUCCUUGAAGGAUUUAAAAUGUCUGAAGCAUUAAGUGCAAAACCCAAAGAAAUAUUUAUUAAGAAAACAACAUCUGGGUAUGUGAUCAUAGCAGUAUAUGUUGCUGAUCUAAACAUCAUUGGAACGAAUAAAGAAAUCCUUGAAGUGAUUCAACUUUUAAAGAAAGAGUUUGAAAUGAAAGAUCUUGGAAAAACCAAAUAUUGUCAUGGUUUACAGAUUGAGUAUAUGUCUAACAAAAUACUUGUACAUCAAUCAAAUUACACCAAAAAGAGUAUUGAGACAUUUCAAUAUGGACAAUAUGCAGGUUAUUUGUCUGAUCCUCAUAAAGUUAGAUCUCAAACUGGAUACAUAUUCAUGAAUGGAGGUACUGCAAUUUCAUGGCGUUCUCAAAAGCAAACACUUGUUGCCAUAUUCUCAAAUCAUGCUGAAGUGAUUGCACUAAAUGAAGCUAUUAGAGAAUGUACAUGGUUGAGAUCGAUGAUACAACUAGUUUUAACUUCAUGUGGACUUGAAAAAGAUAUAGGUCCAACUUUAAUAUAUGAAGAUAACUCAGCAUGUGUCACUCAAAUGAAAGAAGGAUAUAUCAAGAGCGACAGGAAAAAACAUAUACCUCCAAAGUUUUUUUAG